GUUACAUUACGCAUACGCCACGAGCAACCCUUCGAGACAAUGCUGUUGUUGCAACAUGGGAAGCAGUUGCGUUGCAAUGAAAUGGAGAAAGUGGCUGCAGCUGCCACUUGGCCCAUGCUGCGGCUCACCAACGAGGCAAACUUCUAUCUAAUGCGCAGUCAAAGCACUGAGAUGUUGGCAUUGAUUUGUCUAACUGAGAGUCGAGAGAUGAACAUGGAAAUGUGGCAAGCAUUGGCCACAAAUCUCAACAACAUGCGUCAUGUGCGUCUCUUGUUGUUGCAACACGAAGCACAGUCUCUGGGACAACCGUUCGAAGAACUGUCGGAUAUCACACAAGAGUUGAAAUUUCCUCACGUUGUACUCUUCGCAACCACAGGAAUCCUUUAUCGACUGCAACCUUAUGCCAGCCAGCACUGGCUACAACUCAACACAAUGCGACACAUCUUCAUGAAGCAGCACAAUUAUCAACAUUUGGUGGCACACACACUGCCGGAUCAGAUAACAUCGCUGUCGCUUGUCUACGUGGAUAAGAAGACACAGAGGUUGCGGAUGACAGGAUUUGUGGCCAGGUUAAUGCAGGAAUUUACGCGUGUACACAACAUCACAUUGCGGUGGCAACGCCCAGUCAUCGCUGGCGAGGAGUUAUCCAUAAUCCUGUUGCGCAACAUGACACUGAAUGGCACCCUCAAUCUACCCAUUACGCUCUGUGGCUUUGAGCACGACAGUUCUUCGGGUCUCUACUCGUAUCCCUACGACAUUCCCUCGUGGUUCAUUAUGGUGCCGUGUCCUCGCCAGAUGGCCACAGCUCAAGUCUAUCGCGUGCUCUUCAAUUGGCGAAUGUUGUCGCUGCUCUUUGGCUCCUACUGCAUCUUUGUGUUGCUCGACUCGAUGCUUUCUUGCCUGCUGACGCGUUCAAAGUUCGAGUGGACCAAUUUGAUAUGCAACGAACGCAUGAUAUCGGGGAUUAUUGGACAAUCGCUGGACAUACGCGCUCACUCCACACUUAGCUCAAGGAUUACUCAAGCACAACUUUUCAUUGUGGGACUCAUGAUUAGCACGAUUUUCGCAGCUCAUCUGAAGACACUUUUGACCAAGCCACCUACUGAACCAAAGGUGUCCAACUUCCAAGAACUAAAGGAAUCGCAUCUGCGCAUUUUCCUAGAGGAAAGCGAAAAUUUCUAUGUUAACAGGAUAACAUCAAGGAAUCCCAUCCAGCCGGUUCGAUCGAAGAUUGAAUAUCUGCCCACCAAUGAUUUUUAUGCCCAACGUAAGAGUCUCAAUGUCUUGCAAGCGUUUUCUAUAACCUUAACCGAGUGGAAUAUGAUCAAACGCCAACAGGAACUUUUCCAUCAGCCCGCAUUUUGCUACUAUCCCAAUCUGGUUAUCCGCAUGAAUCUACUGAUGUCUGUGCCCCUGGAACCCAAUUCGAUCUACGCUCAACCUCUUGAUCUGUUCAUACAUCAAAUUCAUGCCUCUGGCUUGUUGAACUAUUGGAAGACGGAAGUUGUUAGGGAUCUAAUUGCUCUUGGUCAACUCAGCCAAAAGGAUCCAUAUGAGUAUAAACCUUUUCGGGAGUUUAAAGUGUGCGAUUUGUUUUGGGUUUGGUUGAUCUAUCUACUGGGAUUACUAUUGGCAACUAUUGCCUUGGUGUGUGAGAUUGCAGCUAAGAAAAUUCGUAGAAGAAAUCUGCAGUUUAUUCCGUAA